UCAGGGGUUUUGCAUCCUCCUAGAGCCGAACGUAAACUCUUCCUACAAGCUUUAACCAGGGCUCUGCUAGACACUUAUAGAAGUCACAAGACUGCUCUAACUGCUGAUGAGAAAAGGUAUUUAGCAGUUUAUAUUUACUAAAAUAAUUGCAUUUCCAUGUUGUGUGUACUGUGGGAGACCAGAUAUAGUGAAUACAGAGUCCUGAGUCUAGUAACACUUUCAGGUAUUUUCCAUGUUCCGUGUACUGUGGGAGACCAGAUAUAGUAAAUGCAGGGUCCUGGG